GUAGUGUCUCGCAUGCUUGCUCCGGCGUUUCUUCACACAGUGUGUAAACUAACAUUUAACUUCACACACGCAGUUUAAACUUUUGCUAAAGUUCAGAGUUUGUGCUGUUAGUCUGUAUGCAGGCGUCUCUGUACACGGAGAUCGAUGGAGCUGGAGGGUCAGUGGUGGAAGGGGGAGCUCGCAGAGGACAUCUAUCAUGCUCUGCGUUACAAAGAGCUCAGGUUGCCUGUCUACAAGGGCCAGUCCCCACAGCUCAGUCUGAGACGGUAUUUCGCAGAUCUCAUUGCUAUAGUGAGCAAUCGUUUCAAGCUGUGCCCGGCGGCCAGACACCUGGCUGUUUAUCUUCUGGAUCUCUUCAUGGACUGCUAUGACAUCUCCGUACAACAGCUUCACAUGGUGGCGCUCUCCUGUUUGCUUCUGGCCAGUAAGUUUGAGGAGAGAGAAGACCGCGUCCCGAAGCUGGAGACACUCAACGGUCUGGGCUGCAUGACCUCCAUGAAUCUGGUGUUGAGCAAACAGGGUCUCCUUCACAUGGAGCUUCUGCUUCUGGAGACCUUUCAGUGGAACCUCUACCUCCCUACGGCGGCACACUUCAUAGAAUACUACCUGCCCUUCGCCGUCAAUGAGUCUGACCUGCACGACGGCUGGCCCAUGACGUGUAUGGAGAAGACCAUGCUCUACAUGUCCAAAUAUUCCGAUUACUUUCUGGAGGUCUCUUUACAAGAUCAUGCUUUUCUGCUAUUCGUCCCGUCUCUGGUGGCGGCGGCGUGUGUGGCGUCUUCUCGGGUAAUCUUGCGUCUGUCUCCCGCCUGGCCCCCCCGUCUCCAGUGUCUGACAGCGUACAGCUGGGAGCAGAUGUUGCCCUGCGUGGAGCGUCUCUUACUCGCACACGACAGCGACGUAAAGGAAGCGAACAAGCAGAAGUGCCAGCAGUCGAGCGCUCCGUCUGCGCAGGUGGGUUACCCCAUCCAGGGUCAGAGCGUGACCUUGCAUCAGUACGUGCAGCGGCCAAACUCGCAGUACAUCCAGCAGAGCUGUCAGCCGGUGGUUGUGUCUGCUCAGGGCAAUGCAACGUAUCUGACAGCAUCAAUGCAGGCGUCCACGGCCCCCCCGCAUGGCCUCGUGCAGACUCACACCAUUUCUGCACCCAUGGAUGCUAAAGUGAAUAUGCCCGCUAGAGCUUAUCAGGUGAAUGCACUGUACCCGUGCGCAGCGCCGUGCUUUGACAGGUGAGGGGCCGGACCGGACUGGACUGGACUGGGGGAGUGUUUUUGUUUUGUUAUGUGUGUGUGUUUGGCACUGGGAAAUCCCGCAGCGGAUGGAAGCCCACUGCUCUUACACGUGACCUGAACCAACGAGCCGCUGAUUUCUGUCCUUUUAUUUUAAAGAAUGAAGAUGAGACGCGUUCCAUCACAAUAAUGUGAUUAUGAGGUGUCAGGUUAUCAGAAAUGUGUAAUGUCAUGAUGCUCUUGUGCAUUAGUCACUGAACUCUACCUUGUGCCGUUUCAUUUAUUGUGUUAAGUUGAAUGAAUAGUGGCAUUUUGAUUUACAGGCGUGUUUCAUAAGUGAAGACAUCAUGGCACGUGUGAAGGGACUGUGGUUUUUACUAACUUUACCUCACUGAAUG